UGCACAAGAUGGAGAGAACUGUUGUGUUUCUUUUGUUUAUUGUCAUUGUAAAUCAACAUGUUUUCUGUGAAUAUGUGUUCAGAUCUUUACUGUACGAGAACAGAACUGAUCCAGCUACUCGUCAACUCUACGAAUUUAGGAAAGACCAUCCGAAACCAAUCGGCCUGUUAACAAUUAGUUCAGGUGAGCCCGUGGACGUUCGAAAGACGAUCACAUUGAACACUGAUAUUUUUGACAAUACAUAUUUCGUCGACUCUUUAUUACAUCUAGACUCUGAAGUUAUACCAGAGAGAGUCGUUCAUGCUAAAGGUACAGCAGCUUGGGGAUAUUUCGAAGUAACAAAUGAUGUAUCCAAAUAUACUAAAGCUGAUGUUUUUAAUGGAAUUGGAAAGAAAACACCCAUCGUAGGAAGAUUUUCAAGCGUCGCUCAAAACAAAGGAGGUAAUGAUCUCGCAAGAGAGGCAAAAGGAUUGGCGAUAAAAUUUUAUACUCGAGAAGGUAACCUUGAUUACCUAUGUUUAAAUUUUCCAGUUUUCUCUUUAAAAGAUCCAGAAUAUUUUAAAUCUUUCGCACAUAUUUUGAAAAGAAAUCCUCAAACUAAUUUAGUAGAUAAUACUGCUAGGAUAGACUUUUUCUCUUUAAGACCUGAAACUUUACAUAAUGUUCUGUGGCUAUUAUCCGAUUACGGAAUACCUAAUGGCUAUCGAAAAAUGGAUGCCUUCGCAAUUCACACAUAUGAAAUAAACAAUAGAAAUGGUGAAAGAUACUUUGUCAAAUUUAAUUUUAGAACUCAACAAGGCAUAGAAAAUUUGCCAUCCGACGAAGCAAUUCGAAUAAGCGGAAUGGAUCCGGAUUAUUACAAUAGAGAUUUAUACAAUGCGAUUGAAAAAAAUGAUUAUCCAGUUUGGAAAUUCGAGAUGGACGUUUUAAACUUUACAGAUAUUCUAAAUUUAAAUUACAAUCCUUUUGAUGUAACAGUUUUGUGGAAAAAGGGAACAUAUCAUACAGUAGAGAUUGGGAGAAUCAUUUUCAAUAGAAAUCCGGACAAUAUGUACAGAGUAUCGGAACUAAGUGCAUUUAAUCCUGCAAACUUAGUUCCCGGUAUACCUGGCCCCAUUGAUGAAUUAUUUAAAUCACGCCGACUAUCAUACGGCGAUACACAAAAACAUCGUUUAGGUGCAAAUUAUAACAGAAUAGAAGUAAAUCAUCCAACAUACGUUAAGGUUUACAAUCGUGACGGUGAACCUCCUGUUGAAGAUAAUAUGAAAAACGCUCCUAAUUACUAUCCAAAUUCAUUCAGUGGACCUAUUCCAUAUGUUGAUGCAAGUAAACCUAAGAAUAAACUUUCAUUGUUAGAGAGUCAGACAGCAGAUUUCCAGGAAGCGGCAUAUUUCUAUAACCACGUGUUAGACAACGAUGACCAAAGGACUAGAUUAGCAAAUAACACAGUGCAAUUACUUUUGCAAAACCCACCGUUCCUGCAACAGAGAUGGAUUAAUUUGUAUUACAUGAUUGAUUAUCAUUUAGGAGAUGAAACUGCCUCACUUUUGUAUAGAGCAUUAAAAUAUACUAAUACAACUAUUGUACCGAGGAAGAUAUUGAGAGUUCCAAGAGAUAAAUGUUACUAAAUAUUUGCAAGAGAAGAGAAAUUAAUAAAGAGAAAUGAGAAAUGAAGCGCACAAACAAAA